GCGAGACCCACGCGACACCGCUUGCUCGCGUCUGAAGUUGACGCAACGGAAAACGAGGUCGUGGAUGUGCCGUGUCUCUUUGGUAGACUGAACUGUGACGACCGCUCCGGGAACAGCGAUGGACUGAUGGGCCGCAGUCUUCAGGAAAACAGUUCUCCGGUGUUCAGCGACAGAACAACAAUAUCGACGACCGAGAGAGGUGCCAGCAACGACGAUGCCGAAGAAACAUCCGUAGCUCGUGACGCAAGAGGAUACAUGCGGCGCGCAAGUAAGGUGAUCGCGCCGCUGGUGCUGGGCUUCGUGCUCGCCAGUGUGGUGAUGGGCGGCGUGACGGCAGUGAAGCUGUUCCUGGUGAAGGCACUGCUGCUGAGCCAGCUGGCGCUGGGCGCCGCGCUGCUGCUGGCCGCCAAGUCACUGCUGUCCGCCGUGGGCGGGGGUGGCUACCCCUCCCACCAGCCCUACCUGCACCACGUGCAGCCCAUACACCCGCCGCUGGUGGAGCCCUCGCCCUACCACCACAACCCCUACGCAGCUGAACACCACUUCGCUCCCUCUAUGGAGGGAUAUCCCGACUAUGGCUACCACGCAGUUGGAAGAUCACCAGAGGCAGUUCCAGUGGAGCAAGAAGAUCUUCAAGCGCACUAUUCCAAUCAAGUGGCGGCAACGGCGCCAGCUGCCGCUGGAGCGCGGAAUGCCACCUCCAGGAUGGACGUGCGGCCGUUACCAACAGGUGGCAUCACCCUGGUCAAGAGCCAGUCACACCAUGCGCCUGUGGUGGUCUACCGCAAGGUGGUGUCCACGGGACGUGCUGCCGCCAGUUAAGAACACGUCCGCGAGAUGCGAGCCAUCAGCGCUCUGAGUCUUUCAUUUAUACACUUAUUUAUUAAUAUAUUUAUUUAUUUAAUCAUCGAAUAAACUAUUCCUCACCUCACAUUUCAGUAAGUUGCCCUGAGAUAACAUUUGAUUCCAGGGAAUUAAAGCAAUGAAACAUCUGCUUCAAAGAGUCGUUAUGUUGUACGGGCGGGCUGCCAUCAGUUAAGACCAGCACUCUUGUGUCCUUCGAUUAAACACUUUUUUAUUUACUUAUUUAAUCAUCGAGUAAUUUUCUCUCAGCUCACAGUUGAGCAAGCUGGCCUGAGAUAACAUUUAAUUUCAGGAAACUGAAGCAACUAAACAGAUACUUCAAAGAUUCAUUACGUUGUAUGGAUCUUCGUUUGUACAGUACCGCGUACUUCGUCCGGAUGCAGCAUAUGUUGUCUCUGUCUGGUACUGAACUUUGUUCACUACUUGUAAUAUGUUUGAAAGAAUCAAUA